AUGGGUGUUCCAGCAUUAUUCAGAUGGCUUUCAAAAAAAUAUCCCAAAAUCAUUCAACAAGUCAUCGAGGAACGACCGAUUAUGAUAAAUGGUGUAGAAAUACCAGUUGAUACAUCAAAGCCAAAUCCAAAUAAGACGGAAUUCGAUAAUUUAUAUCUUGAUAUGAAUGGUAUUAUUCAUCCAUGUUGUCACCCAGAAGAUAAACCCACUCCUGAAACUGAAGAAGAUAUGAUUAUAGAUAUCUUUAAAUAUACCGAACGAAUUGUGGCAAUGAUACGUCCAAGAAAAGUAUUAUAUCUUGCAAUCGAUGGAGUAGCUCCUCGUGCUAAAAUGAAUCAACAACGAUCUCGUAGGUUUAGAACAGCACGAGAAGAUAAAGAAAAGGCUAAUGAAAAGACUCUAGAAAUGGUUUUUUUUAAAAAAAUAGAAUCGGGAGUACUGUUUGAUGAAGACCUAAAGAAGAAAAAAUCAUUUGAUAGCAAUUGUAUUACACCAGGUACUCCUUUCAUGGCAAAACUCGCUGCAUGCUUAAGAUAUUGGAUUGCUGAUAAAUUGAAUAAUGAUGUUGGAUGGAAAAAUUUGAAAGUGAUAUUAUCAGAUGCAAGUGUUCCUGGUGAAGGCGAACACAAAAUUAUGGAUUUUAUUCGUAGUCAACGUACAAGUCCUUAUCAUGAUCCUAAUACACAUCAUGUCAUAUAUGGAUUGGAUGCUGAUCUCAUUAUGUUAUCAUUGGCUACGCAUGAACCUCAUUUUAAAGUGUUGCGUGAAGAUGUCUUCUUUAGAGAAGGCAUAUAUAAAGGAUGCUUUAUAUGUGGUCAAAAUGAUCAUAUAGCGAAUCAAUGCACAGGAAAAGCCAAACAAAAAGUAGGAGACCAUGAUGAAAAAGGUAGAGAAGUACUACUAAAGCCCUACGUAUUUCUAGAUGUGCAGGUUCUUCGUGAAUAUCUUGAGAUAGAACUCAACAUUGGACCAUUACCUUGGCCUUACAAUUUUGAAAACUCAAUAGACGAUUGGGUAUUUAUGUGUUUCUUUGUCGGAAAUGAUUUUCUUCCGCAUUUGCCUUCUUUGGAAAUUAGAGAAGGUGCUAUUGAUACACUUAUUACCAUUUGGAAAAGGUGCUUGCCAAUAAUGGGCGGAUACAUGACUACUAAUGGAAAUGUUAAUUUAAAAAGAAUGCAACAUCUAGUUACAGAAUUAGGAAAAAUGGAAGAUGAUAUUUUUAUUCGUAGGCAAAGAAACGAAUCGAGACGAAAUCAACAAAAUAAUAAUAAUGUUCCGAAAAAACGAAAAAUAAGUCACGAUCCAAUAACAAGCUAUGCUAAUCCUGGAGGAGAAGGAAGAGGAAAUGAGGAUUAUCAACAGGCGGCAGAAAGUAUUGAUGAUUUGUUGGCUUCUGUUAAAGGUGUUAAACGAAAAGCUGAAGAAUUUGAUGAAGAAAAUGAUAAAGACAUCGUUGCGGUAAAUGAAGAAGCUGCUAUUGUAGAACUUGGAGAACCAGGUUUCAAAAAACGAUAUUAUAAAGAAAAAUUUGAUGUUGAUAUAUCAGACGAGCCAACCGAUGAAUUUCGUAAAAACGUUGUAAAGAGUUAUGUUGAAGGAUUAUGUUGGGUUUUGAAAUAUUAUUUUCAAGGUGUUCCAUCGUGGAAAUGGUAUUAUCCGUAUCAUUAUUCGCCUUUUGCAUCUGAUUUUGUUGAUAUAGGCGAUUUGGAUAUUAAUUUUGAAUUGGGUGAACCAUUUAAACCAUUUGAACAAUUGAUGGGUGUUUUACCUGCUGAAAGUAAACAACAUUUACCUUUACCUAUACAACAACUUAUGACAGAUUUAGAUAGUGAGAUUAUUGAUUUCUAUCCGUCAGAUUUUGAAAUAGAUCUUAAUGGGAAACGAUAUACUUGGCAAGGAGUUGCAUUGCUUCCAUUUAUUGAUGAAUCCAGGUUAUUAAAAGCAGCCGAAUCAGCCUAUUCUCAAUUGAGUGAAGAUGAAUUGGGGAGGAAUGCUUUAGGGUCGGAAAUAUUAUGUUUUAGUAAUAAUCAUAAAUUAUAUGAUGAAUUGUGUGUAUUAUAUUCUAAAAGAAAAUCGGAUCAAGAUCCGAAUUUUAUACCUGAAAGCACGUUUUAUUCGCCUUUACCAGAUAAAACUUUACCAGAUAUUGCAAACGAUAGAUCAUUAAGCGUAUUAUUUUAUUUACCAAAGAAAACUGAUAAAACUACUCAUAAAUCAGUUUUAUUGAAAAAUGUCAAAUUGUCACCCAGAGUUUUAGGAUGGGAAGAUCAGGAAUGGAUUAGAAAUGGCGGUGGUAGUCGUGGUAGAGGAAGAGGUAGAGGAGGAAGUUCUGGCAGUGGAAGUAAUUCUGGAGGAGGAUAUGAUAAUUAUAAUAAUUAUCAAAGAGGUGGUGGCGGUGGCGGCGGUUAUAAUGGAGGAGGAAGAAGAUAUGAUAAUUACAAUAAUUAUCAAAGAGGAGGUGGUCAUCCUCCAAAAUACUAUACUCACUUGAAAGAAGCAGAUGAAAACUAA